CUCAAAGGUUAAAGGUAAGACGGAAUCACGGAAGUGAGCAUUUCCACAUGCAAGGAGUAGCUAGGGCUUUUUCUGUGGAACAACAUGUCUAUGGCUGAAUUUGAAAAGGCUGCCGAUGCAGUGAGGAGGCUGACCGUACAACCUAGCUACGCUGAACUAGCAGUAAUAUAUGGUUUGUACAAGCAGGCGACACUUGGCAACAUCAACACGGAGCGUCCGGGAAUAUUUGACUUCCAAGGAAAAUCUAAAUGGGAUGGUUGGAAAGCACAGGAAGGAAAGUCUAAAGAAGAUGCCAUAAAAGAAUACAUUGCCUUUGUGGAAGAAAUGAAAGCAAAGUAUCCAAUGUAGAGGUUCUUUAGGACAUUCGUGCACUUUUUUUUAUUUUUAGAACCAUUUUAUAAUUAAGCAAUAAUGCCUGAGGGGGUGUGGUAUUAUGGUCUCCGCUUUGCGUUGUGCCUAAGAACAGCCCUUAGCCAUGGUAUAUUGGUCAUAUACCACAAAUCCCAGAGGUGCCUUAUUGCUAUUAUAAACUGGUUACCAAUGUAAACAUUACAGUAACAAUAAAAUGCUUUGUCAUAUCCGUGGUAUAAGAUCUGAUAUACCAUGGUUGUCAGCCGAUCAGGACUCGAACCACACAGUUUAUAAUAGGUUACAAUGAACAAGAAGAAAAGGGACCAAAUCUGAGAUUUUACAUGGGUAAAGUGUUUAGAGACAACCAAGAUGACUGGUCUAACCAACGCUCACCAGCAAUUUGUUUAUCCUGUUGAAAAUGUGCAGCCCUUGAUCUGGGUAUUUAUUUCAGAAAAUGUAAAAAAAAAAAAUUGAAAAUAGAGUACAUUGGUGCAAAAGAACAGUAAAUUAUGUUUCUUAAAAUAUCUGUCUUCCAAGUAUAAUAAAAAGUGAUAAUUUUCAAUCAUGCUGAUAAAUUCUCUGGACAAAAGGCUGGUCAUAACCAGACCUCUUUCCAGGAUUUCUCUUUCACAUGAUGAUGAUGAA